GCAGCUUCCGUAAGGGCGAGACCUGGCGCCGGAAGCGGAAGGGGGGAUGUUGUGGUGUGCGGGGGCGGGGCCAGGCCCGCGCUCCCUGUCACGGCAUGGAAGGCUCCAAACUGACGGCGUGCACCAUGCAGGUGAGCUUCGUGUGCCAGCGCUGCAGCCAGCCCCUCAAGCUGGACACCUCCUUCAAGAUCCUGGACAGGGUCACAAUCCAGGAGCUGACAGCUCCAUUACUUACUACAGUGCCUGCAAAACCAGGAGACACUCAUGAGGAAGACACUACCUUGGCAGAGGAAGCCUUCACAGAAAACCGUCAGGAUGGGGUAUCUAGGAGAUUCAUUCCUCCAGCAAGAAUGAUGUCUACAGAAAGUGCCAAUAGUUUCACUCUGAUUGGAGAAGCUUCUGAUGGUGGAACCAUGGAGAACCUCAGCAGGAGACUGAAGGUUACUGGUGACCUUUUUGACAUUAUGUCAGGACAGACAGAUGUGGAUCACCCUCUGUGUGAGGAAUGCACAGAUACCCUUCUAGACCAGUUAGACACACAACUUAACAUCACAGAGAAUGAGUGCCAGAACUACAAGCGAUGUCUAGAGAUCUUGGAACAAAUGAAUGAAGAAGAUAAGGAAAAAUUGCAAAUGGAGCUGAAGGAACUCGCUCUGGAGGAGGAACAGUUGAUCCAGGAGCUGGAAGAUGUGGAGAAGAACCGCAAGAUUGUAGCAGAAGACUUUAAGAGGGUCAGGGCAGAAGCAGAGAGGCUGGAUCAGGAGGAGGCACAAUAUCAGAAGGAAUACUGUGAAUUCAAGAGGCAGCAACUGGAGUUGGAUGAUGAACUGAAAAGUGUUGAUAACCAGAUGCGUUAUGCCCAGAUGCAGUUGGAUAAACUGAAGAAAACUAAUGUGUUCAAUGCAACAUUUCAUAUCUGGCACAGUGGACAGUUUGGCACAAUUAAUAACUUCAGACUUGGCCGCCUCCCCAGCGUUCCUGUAGAAUGGAAUGAGAUCAAUGCAGCUUGGGGGCAAACGGUGUUACUACUGCAUGCUCUUGCCAACAAGAUGGGCCUGAAGUUUCAAAGAUACCGUCUUGUUCCAUAUGGGAACCAUUCCUAUUUAGAGUCCCUCACAGACAAAUCAAAGGAGUUGCCCUUGUAUUGCUCUGGAGGUUUAAGAUUCUUUUGGGACAAUAAAUUUGAUCAUGCGAUGGUGGCUUUCUUGGACUGCGUGCAGCAAUUUAAAGAAGAGGUGGAAAAAGGCGAAACUCAUUUUUGUUUGCCCUACAGAAUGGAUGUGGAAAAAGGCAAGAUAGAAGAUACAGGGGGCAGCGGUGGCUCUUACUCUAUUAAAACCCAGUUUAAUUCAGAGGAGCAAUGGACAAAAGCACUCAAGUUCAUGUUAACUAACCUGAAAUGGGGUCUUGCCUGGGUUUCAUCUCAAUUCUAUAACAAAUGACUGCAUGAAGAACUUACCCUGAUGGCUAUGGAGUAUCUGCAUUUUGUUUUGAAGAAUAUCAGAUUAAGUUGUCACUUAAUAUUAACCAGUACAAGAUGUUUACAAUACCAAAAAUCCACAAGACACUUUAUUUAAAAUUUCAUACCACAAGUAAUAUGUAGAAAAGCAAUAUGUAAAGUUAUGCUGUUAAGUGGAACAGAAUAAAAUUAAGCUGUUCAUGAAGUAGCUAUUUAGCUUUUAUGUAUAUUGUGGUUUUAUGUAUGUCAAAACUUAUUUUACUGUACAAGUGGAUAUUUAAUACCAUUGCAACUUUUAAACGAAUUGUAUCUUAGGAAAAUGAAGUACUAAGAAUACAGUGGGUAAAAACUUAUAGGCAUUUUGCCUGGUCACCUUAAAGCUUGAACAUAUUUAUUUUUUCUUUAAAUCAGAUACAGAUGCGCACUUAACUUGGUGCCAUUCAAAUUUACUAGGGUUUGAUACUAUUUAAAAUGUUGCUAUAAUAUUUAAGUGUUUCUAUCCAGUAUUUCUUGCAGUCUGUUACUGCACAAAGGUGCACUGAACACUGUAAUAAAACACUUUGUAUUCUA